UCACAUAGAGUUCAUAGUUGACAGCUCUGAAGAGCAUCGUGCUCCUGAGGGAGCGGAUGCCAUCCCCAGGCGCUCCAUUUGAAUUUUUCUGGCUGGACGAGGAGUCGGUCUUAUCAGCCAUUCUACCCUUCCGGAUUCAAUUCUGAAAGGGAAAUUAUUAUGUGUUAAUUUUCAUUGAGGUUAUGUGCUCAUGAGAAUUGUUUGAUGAUGUGAGUUGAGCUAUUUGACGAAGGUAUACAUAAUAUAAAUAAAUACCUUGGAAGAAAUUGGAGUCCAUCCCGCCAAUGGAGCCACGUGGUUGUGCCUGCGAAAGCAAAUGUCAGUAGUUGAACGAUUUUUUAAUGAGUGCUCAGUGAUUGUUGGAUAUUUUUAUCUCAAUUCGUUAAUUUGGGAUUUGAUUUAUAAAAUGGAGCGAACGGCCGAGGAUCUUAUCGACAAUUACUGUAGCGUUAUAUCUCAGGAGGCGAGAGAGCUCUAUCUAAAAGAAGAAAUCGACACCAUAGACGCCAAACAGGAGUCAUUAACUCCCCUGCAAUUCCACCAAAAAUACGUAUCAAAAAACCUGCCCCUAUUGAUAAAGAACGGAGUGUCGAACUGGCCAGCAAUGGGCAAGUGGAGCAUUGAUCACUUCCGGAGGAAAAUGCCCGGCAAAAAAAUCACAGUGGCGGUCACUCCGAGUGGAUAUGCCGACGCAAUUGCCACCGAUGAAGAAGACAACAGAGAAUACUUCGUCAUGCCUGAGGAGCGGGAAAUGACGAUGUCGGAGUUCCUCGAUGGAUUGACGACUCCGAGGGACGACGAAGUAUUGUACAUUCAGAAGCAGAAUUCCAAUUUUCAAGAGGAGUUCCACGAGCUGUGGAGGGACGUCGAGGAGCCGAAGUGGAUUUCUGAGGCUUUUGGAAAAGAUCCCGAUGCGAUAAAUUUCUGGAUGGGAGAUCAACGAGCCAUUACGUCCAUGCAUAAAGAUCCAUAUGAGAAUAUUUACUGCGUUGUUUCCGGAGAGAAAGAGUUUAUUUUACAUCCGCCGACAGAUUUACCUUGGAUUCCAUACGGAAAGUACCCCUCAGCUAUUUAUCGAAGGAAGGACUCCUCUUGGAAAAUUGAAUCCCUUUGUGAUGAUGGGGAAUUGUUACCCUGGAUAGCUAUUGAUCCGCUGAAACCAGAUUACACGAAGUACCCAAAGUAUAAAAAUGCAAUUACAAUGAAAGUAUCAGUUCAAGCGGGGGACAUCCUCUACCUGCCCUCCCUCUGGUUCCACCACGUCCGGCAGUCUCAAGCCUGCAUAGCCAUCAACUUCUGGUACGAUAUGGAGUAUGACAUCAAAUAUGUGUACUUCAAGGGUCUGGAAUUUCUCACGCAAUGACUUAGAAUUAUCUACGUAAUCAUGGAAUAAAUGAGAGAGAAUUGGUUUUACAAAAUUAUCGAGUGAUGUUUACAAAUUAAAUUGAAAAUGGCAAUGUAGCAUUGACUGGGAAAACACGUAAUAAAUUAAUUCCAUCAUGAAUGUUGAAAAAUAUUUUAUUCCUUCAUAACUCAUAUAUCUUUGGUAACGAGUAAAAUUAUAAAAAUACAACAAUCCUAAGAACACUUUAAAAAUA